AUGACUGAUGCUGGGGCAAACUUGGAUGAGAUACUUGACAAUAAGAACAUAACCAUCAACUACAUAUACAAGAUGUUGAAACAGGAUCACCAGAAGAUGCCUUGGAGGAAGCUGAUAUGUAACAAUGGAGGUAUGCCAAAGUGGAUUUUUAUUCUGUAUGUGGCAAUAAUGGGAAAACUGGAUACAAGAGAUACAUUAGGAAGACGGGGAAUAACAAAUAAUCUACUAUGUCCUAUAUGCAACGAAGAAGAGGAAAGCAUGAAACACUUAUUUUUCAAGUGUACAUACACAACAACAAUAUGGGAGAAACUACUGCAGUGGAUGAAUGUUAAUAGACGACCGAUAGAAUGGAGUCAAGAAAUAGAAUGGGCAUGCAACAACGUUCGAGGCAGAUCAGCAAAUGCAGAGAUCUACAGAAUAGCAUUAGCAAGUUGUGUCUAUUAUGUAUGGCAGGAGAGGAAUCAUAGAAUUUUCAGAACUCAACUGAGACUAGCAGGAGUACUGAUGAAGCAGAUUAUACAAAUGAUACAUGAUCACAUGGAAAUUGGAAUUGCCGAGCUGCCAUGA